CUCUCCCGAAGCCCAGCUCUCAGUGCUGUGUGAGUGCGCGUGUGCUCCGGAGCUCGUCUCGGCACACGUUAUAUAAAAAAUAAAAAAAAAACAAAAAAAAUUAAAAACUUUUAAAAAUUCCAAAAAAUCCUUUUUUUUUCCUUUUUAAAAUAAAAAUCGGCGAAGUGGGAUCAGGAGGCCUUGAAACAUCUCAACAAACCCGAAAAAAAUAACGUUAGUCUAUGAGCUCGCGAAGGCCUGGCGGUUUGCUCGAUUCGCGGUUUUGGAUUUUAAGUGUUACUUGUUUUAAAAUAUCUGUUACCCUAAUUAUUCGUCAUUCGAAGCGCGGAGUCUUUUAGUCGACGGUUGGCAGUUUAAAAAAUUGGCCUGUGUGUGUUAGCCUGACAGCUAACUGUAUAACACGUGAAGAUCUGCGAGCCGAGCAGAAGAUGAACCCCAGCGCGCCCAGUUACCCGAUGGCCUCGCUGUAUGUGGGAGACCUGCACCAGGACGUGACUGAAGCCAUGCUCUACGAGAAGUUCAGCCCGGCCGGUGCCAUCCUCUCCAUCCGGGUGUGCAGGGACAUGAUCACGCGCAGGUCGCUCGGAUAUGCCUACGUCAACUUCCAGCAGCCUGCGGACGCUGAACGCGCUCUAGACACGAUGAACUUUGAUGUGAUCAAGGGUAGACCUGUCCGCAUCAUGUGGUCUCAACGCGACCCCUCGCUGAGGAAGAGCGGCGUUGGAAACAUCUUCAUCAAGAACCUGGAUAAGUCUAUUGAUAAUAAAGCACUUUAUGACACCUUCUCUGCCUUUGGCAACAUCCUGUCCUGCAAGGUGGUUUGUGACGAGAAUGGCUCAAAGGGCUACGGUUUUGUGCACUUUGAGACCCAGGAGGCCGCCGAAAGAGCCAUUGAGAAAAUGAACGGCAUGUUGCUGAAUGACAGAAAAGUGUUUGUAGGGCGCUUCAAAUCUCGCAAGGAGAGGGAGGCUGAGCUCGGCGCAAGAGCCAAAGAAUUUACCAAUGUGUACAUCAAAAACUUUGGGGAUGAUAUGGAUGAUGACAAACUCAAGGACGUCUUCAGCAAAUAUGGUACUGCUAUGAGCAUCCGUGUCAUGACUGAUGAAAAUGGAAAGUCCAGAGGAUUUGGAUUCGUGAGUUUUGAGAGGCACGAAGACGCACAAAGGGCUGUGGAUGAAAUGAACGGCAAAGAACUCAACGGGAAGCUCAUCUAUGUGGGUCGUGCUCAGAAAAAAGUGGAGCGGCAAACUGAGCUCAAGCGCAAAUUUGAACAGAUGAAGCAGGACCGCAUGACUCGCUACCAGGGUGUCAAUCUCUACGUGAAGAACUUGGACGAUGGCAUCGAUGAUGAGCAUCUUCGUAAAGAGUUCUCUCCCUUCGGUACAAUCACCAGUGCCAAGGUCAUGAUGGACGGUGGUCGCAGUAAAGGCUUCGGGUUUGUCUGUUUCUCUUCCCCUGAGGAAGCCACUAAAGCCGUGACUGAGAUGAAUGGCCGUAUUGUGGCCACUAAGCCACUGUAUGUGGCUCUUGCUCAGCGCAAAGAGGAACGGCAGGCCCAUCUCACCAACCAGUACAUGCAGAGGAUGGCCAGUGUCCGCGCAGUGCCAAACCCCGUGAUCAACCCCUACCAGCCUGCACCUCCAUCAGGAUACUUCAUGGCUGCCAUUCCACAGGCCCAGAACAGAGCUGCAUAUUACCCUGCCAGUCAGCUCACCCAGCUCAGACCCAGUCCCCGCUGGACCACACAGGGGGUCCGGCCUCAGCACUUCCAAAACAUGCCAGGCACAAUGCGCCCAUCUGCCCCCAGAGCUCAGAGCUUCAGCACCAUGCGUCCUGCGUCUCAGGUGCCCCGGAUGAUGUCUACACAGCGUGUUGCUGCUCAGACCAUGGGUCCACGACCCACAGCUGCAGCGGCUGCGGCUUCUGCUCCUCCAGUGCGUGGCGUACCACAGUACAAAUACACCCCCAGUGUCCGCAGCCCCCAGCAGCACAUGAACACACAGCCUCAGGUUACCAUGCAGCAGCCUGCUGUGCAUGUGCAAGGACAGGAACCGCUGACGGCCUCCAUGCUCGCCGCUGCUCUGCCACAGGAACAGAAGCAGAUGCUGGGUGAGCGUCUCUUCCCACUUAUCCAGAACAUGCAUCCCAGUCUGGCUGGCAAGAUCACUGGUAUGCUGCUGGAAAUCGACAACUCGGAGCUCCUCCACAUGCUGGAGUCUCCAGAGUCUCUGCGCUCCAAGGUCGAUGAGGCGGUGGCCGUACUCCAGGCUCACCAGGCUAAAGAAGCCGCUCAGAAGACUGUGACCAACUCUUCUGGCGUGCCAAGCGUUUAAGCCAAGGGGGACCCAACCUUGAAUCUUCACAGAGAGGAAAAAGUAAACAAAACAAAAAAAAACUGAAAACAUGGAAAACUAUAUUUAAAAAAGAAACUAGAAAGAGCCAGGUCUAGAGACAAGCAUUCUAGGCCUAGUCAAGGUAUUUAAAAAAAGGAAAAA